UCCCGCCCCCUCCCGCCGCGCCUGCGCCGYGCGGAGCCGCCUCAUCCCCUGCAGGCGGGCGGUGCCGGCGCACGCUGCGGGCCCGGUGCUGACGGUGCGGGCGCGGUGCCGGUUCUGUUUWGAGGAAGAACGAGCCUCUGGCUUUGUUUCUGGUUGGCGUUGGAAGGUUUUGCACCAGAAUCAGCCGUGCUCUCUCACCAGCAGGACACGGAGGUGGUUUCAUCCCAUCCCAUCCCAUCCCAGCACAAUGGGCUCCAAACAGAUCGCCCAGGAAACGUUCGACGAUGCGGUGCAGGAGAACAUCACCGAGUUUGAGAUGGAGCCCGAGGAGGCUGUGAGAGAGGCUGUGCAGCAGUUCGAGUCCCAAGGUGUGGACCUGAGCAAUAUUGUGAAAKCUGUGCGCCCUCCUGCCUCUGAGAACGGGCAGAGGCAGAAGCACCAAAUCCUGCAGACCCUGGAUGCCCUGGGCACAGCCGUGGCYCRSUCAGACCUGGCCCAGCUCCCGGAGCAGCUCUCGGCCUUCGCGGCGCAGUGCAAGGAGCAGCUGGCGUUCCGCUCCCUGGCCGGCCAGAACGGCGCCUACCCCGUGCUGUUCUCUGCGCUCCAGCUGGCUGCAGGGGACAGGGAUUUGCUGCUGCAGGCUCUGGGCACGCUGGCUGCCCUGCUGGACGGGCAGCCCGACCUGCUGGACCCCGCGGGGCAGGAGCUGCUGCUGCGGACGCUGCGGGAGCGGAGCCACGACCCCGAGGUGACGCUGGCCGGGAUCCGCUGCGUGCGCCACGCCUGCCUCAAGCACGAGCAGAACCGGCAGGAGCUGGUCAGGGGAGGGGUCCUGGGCCUGCUCACCGGGGCCAUCACCCAGCACGGUGACAGCGCUGACCUGGUCAGGACAGCGGCCUCGGCUCUGCGAGUCAUGACCUUUGAUGAUGACAUCCGAGUGCCCUUCGGACACGCCCACGACCACGCCAAGAUGAUCGUCCUGGAGAACGACGGCUUGAGGGUCCUCAUUGAGGCUGGCAAAGCAUUCACAGAUAACUCCGGGGUUCUCAGCGAGCUCUGUGCCACCCUCUCUCGCCUCUCUGUCAGGAAUGAGUUCUGCCAAGAAAUUGUGGACCUUGGGGGCUUAAAUUUCAUGGUGACACUCCUGGCUGACUGCAUGGAGCACCCGGACGUGGUGAAGCAGGUGCUCAGCGCCAUCCGCGCCGUGGCCGGGAACGACGACGUCAAAGACGCCAUCGUGGGUGCCGGGGGCACCGAGCUGAUCGUGCUGGCCAUCAGCCAGCACCUGGGCAACCCUCAGAUCUGUGAGCAGGGCUGUGCAGCYCUGUGCAUGUUGGCCCUGCGCAAACCCGAGAACUGCAGCGUCAUCAUGGAGGCCGGGGGGGCCCUGGCGGCCCUGCAGGCCAUGAAGGCUCACCCGCGGGAGGGGGCUGUGCAGAAACAGGCCUGCAUGCUGAUCCGCAACCUGGUGGCGCGGAGCCGCGAUUUCUCGCAGCCCAUCCUGGAGAUGGGGGCCGAGGAUCUGAUCUCGGAGGCGCGGGCGGCGCACAGGGACUGCGACGACGUGGCCAGGGCAGCUCUCAGGGACCUGGGCUGCAAGGUGGAGCUGCGGGAGCUGUGGACGGGCCAGAARGGCAGCCUGGCCCAGUGAAUCCUCGCUGUGUGGAGCUGGAGGAUCCCAGGCUCUGUCCUGCCGUGGAUUUGUGUGUGCCCACGCCCCGCUGGAACACCCCAAGCAAACGCCUGCCUUGGGAGCCUGCAGGGGACCUUUUCUUGGGAGCUACAGCUGAAAUGGCUUUUCUGCAUUCACAGGCUGCAAAACCAACUCUUUGUAGUGCUCAUUCCCUGGGUCAUCUCAUGGCUGAAGAUGAUCUGCUCCCCGUGUGUGGGACGGGGCUGUUCCAUCCCUGCGGUGACAGCAGCGCUGSCUCUGUCCCGGGCACAGUUUGGCACCGUGGCUGCUGUCCCUGUCCCGUGGAGCUGGCCAGGGGCUGGCCGAGGAGGAGUCCCAGCAUUUGUCAACGUGCUCUGUCCUCUUCCCUGUUCUUUUACUGCUGACCCUACUCGGUGUUGCUGCUUUCUUUGGGAUUUUUUUCCGCCAGCGUAACGUUUUAAACACAAAAAGCAAAGGAAGGAUUUGGGAUAACGUGGACCGAAGGAAGGCGGCCGUUGGCAUCCAGGAGGAAAGUUUGUGUUCUCCCUCAGUGAGGGGAGCGGGGCAGGGGCUGUUUUGGGGUGGGAUUCAAAGUGGGGCCAAGUGGCAGUGGUGUCACACAGCAGGAAAAGCUGGAAGCCCAGGCUUUGUCACCUCUGAGCCUUCCCAGGAUCCAGGAAYGCUGUCAUUGCUCGUGGACUGAGGCAAACUGUGGACUCGGGGCAAAGCAGAGCCCAGAAAGGCUCUGCAGUCUCAGCUCAAGGCUUUGCUGGGCCGGGUCCCCAGCUCUGCUCUGGUGCUGAGCCUUCCCCCUGCGCUGCCGCCGCUGUUUGUACGAGUGGAUGUUUUUAAUGUGAUAUUCUGUAGAAAUGGUGACCUUAUAAAGCGUGCAAAUGUU